AUGCCUCGCAGCCGCAGCCCUGCGCGAAGAACCGUCGGCGUGCGCGUCGCAGGCAUCUACAUAGCGCCAGCGUCCGCGGCGCCGAUGGAGAGCCUCCUCUCCGCGACGCUCAUAGAGGGCCGCGGGAUUGAGGGAGACAGAUACGCUCUUCAUACGGGCACCUAUUCGGCGCUACGUGCCUCAGCCAAGGCUCCGGGCGAGCGCGAGCCCGGACGGCAGCUGACGAUGGUGAGCGCAGACGGCGUCGAGGCGUCGCUAAAACGCGCCGGUGUCAAGCCGCCACCGUGCCUCGAAUUUCGCCGCAACAUCGUCCUAAAAGGCAUCAGCGCAGAGGAGCUGCUGAGCGCCGUCGGACGGACGGUCGAGGUGGGCGACGCGAGGGUCUUCGUGCACCGUCACUGCGUGCCUUGCCUCUACAACGAGCGCAAGGCGGGCUGCCCCGGCAUGAUGGAGGCGGUGUGGAUGGCUUCUGGCGUCUCGUGCGAAGUGGUUGCAGGCGGCACUCUCCGCGUGGGCGACCCUCUCGCCAUCGUUGGGGAGGAGGACGCGUCACGCGUCGACGCGGGCAUCCACCCAGCCGGGUACUACCUGCCGCCCUCGAAGCGAACCUCGGCGAUGGUGCGCGAGGCCAGAGAGAGGCAGGCGGCGGCACGGGCGGCGCUCGAGGCGAGCGGCGGCCGUGAGGGAGUCGAGCGCGCAGAGCGCGCGUACGCGUCGGUCGGCCUCACCUUCUGGCCCGAGCAGACCGGCACAGCAAGCGGGCGGCCUCGUUUCCCUAGCGGUUGGCGGGCGGCCGCCGCGAUGGCUCUCCUCGCUUGCCUCGCUUGGGCUGCGCUCGCGGCGCGGCCAGAGCUCGCGCACCGGUUUGCGCCGCCACCGCGGGCGCAGACCCGCGAUUCGCCCCGCUUGCCGCCGUCGCCACGAAUGCCGCCGCCGCUGCCGGCGCCGACGCUGCCGCCAGACGACGACGACGACGAGAUCCUGUGCGAUUGCGGAUGGACGAGGGUCGAGGGGCAGUCGUGCGUGGAGACGGCUGGCAAGGAGGGCUUCGCUUGCUGGAGCGACUGCUGCGGCACAUAA